GACCAGAUCCUGUGGGGUACAAAUAUCCCCUUCGGAAUGAUGAGGCAGCUGUUCCCACCCUCGUGUCCCCAGCAAGCCCCCGCCUGUGCCUUCCCCGCUGCCGUCCACCUCCUGUUCCGUGCACACUCCCACACUCAAAAGAGAAUCGAUACCCGGGGCGAGGCACCGCCCGCACUGUUGUGCACACAGUUGCGUGCUCUGGUCAGCGUGAGUACACCACGGGCCAGUCGAUCCGGCUGCGCUGAAGGGGGGCACCCGGGCAGAAGUGGAAGGAGCGGGGCUCUCAAACUCGCCCGACUUCCGAUCGAAGGACCUUGGAGCGGGAUGGGAGCAGGGCUGGAUCCCCGCCUCGAGGCUGCCACCGCGCUGCUGGCCGGCGAUCCGGAGGUCGAGGCCGCCGCGAGCCUCGGAGAAGGGGACGGCGAAGGCAGCAAGGCGAUGGGGGGCCUUCCCGACUCGAGCGGGAGGCGCGUCGGAGGCGCAG